CCCGGAAACAGUACCCCGCCCCUUCCUGUACACACAGCUCCGCCCCCGGUCUCCUCCAGAGUUGCACAGUAGUAAAGAAGACAUCUGGUGAGUGUGAGACACCCAGCAGCCAUAGCCGUGUGUCAUGUGGACUGAGCAGAACUAAGAGCCCCAUCACGGUGCCUCCACCUCACUCACUGAUACAUGAGAGGCACAGUGACCAGAAGAUCCUGGAACUCACCAACAAGAUCAUUCAGCUGCUGACUGGAGAGAUGGGUUCAGUAACAGAGAUACCCCAGAGAGAUGUCCCCGUUCUCUGUAUUCCCAGGAUUGUACAGAGGAGUAUCACAGGACCCCACAGGAGGAUCAGGUAGAACGUCUGUCUGAUAUUAAAACAGAUUAUAUAGAGGGAGAAGAGGAGACGUAUGUGACUGAUAUAAAGGCAGAAGAUAUAGAGGGAGAAGAAGAGAUGUAUGUGACUGAUAUAAAGGCAGAAGAUAUAGAGGGAGAAGAAGAGACGUAUGUGACUGAUAUAAAGGCAGAAGAUAUAGAGGGAGAAGAAGAGACGUAUGUAACUGAUAUAAAGGUAGAAGAUAUAGAGGGAGAAGAAGAGACGUAUGUGACUGAUAUGAAGGCAGAAGAUAUAGAGGGAGAAGAAGAGACGUAUGUGAGGGGGGAUCAGCAGUGUAAGGAGGAGGAGAUCCAUACAGAUAUCAGCACAGCAGAUGGACACACAAGCAGGAAUAUCUCAGAAGGACAUCUAAUGUUAUCCCCGGAUUGUGACAUAAAAGAUAAUGACAGUAGACAGGAUUCUCCAGGAGCAAACCCCAUUACCCCAAUUAUACAUCCAGCUCUAUCAGCUGGUCCCUCUGAUCCUGGGAAAUGUUCUCCUGAUCACUCUGAUAUUGGUGCAUCUGUUACAGCUUGGAGAGUAGAUACAGUGUUUCCGUGUUCUAUAGAUGCCAAAUGUUUUACACAGAACACAAAGCUUAUUACCCAUCAGCCAGCUAAGGCAGGGGAGAGGCCAUUUCCAUGUUCUGAGUGUGGGAAAUGUUUUACAUACAAAUCAGCUCUUGUUACACAUCAGAGAAGACACACAGGUGAGAAGCCAUUUCCAUGUUCUGACUGUGGAAAAUGUUUUGCAUGGAAAUCACAACUUAUUACACAUCAUCAAAGUCACACAGGUGAGAAACCAUUUCCAUGUUCUGAGUGUGGGAAAUGUUUUACAUGGAAAUCACAACUUGUUACACAUCAGCAAAGUCACACCGGUGAGAAACCAUUUCCAUGUUCUGAGUGUGGGAAAUGUUUUACAUGGAAAUCACAACUUGUUACACAUCAGCAAAGUCACACAGGUGAGAAGCCAUUUUCAUGUCCUGAGUGUGGGAAAUGUUUUGCACAGAAAUCAGAUCUUGUUAAACAUCAGAGAAGUCACACAGGUGAGAAGCCUUUUUCUUGCUCUGAGUGUGGGAAAUGUUUUACACGGAAAUCACAACUUGUUACACAUCAGCAAAGUCACACAGGUGAGAAUCCAUUUCCAUGCUCUGAGUGUGGGAAAGGUUUUGCACAGAAAUCAGAUCUUGUUAAACAUCAGCGAAGUCACACAGGCGAGAAUCCAUUUCCAUGCUCUGAGUGUGGGAAAGGUUUUGCACACACAUCAGCUCUUCUUAUACAUCACAGAAGUCACACUGGUGAGAAGCCAUUUCCAUGUUCUGAGUGUGGGAAAUGCUUUGCACAAAAAUCAGAUCUUGUUAAACAUCAGAGAAGUCACACAGGUGAGAAUCCUUUUUCUUGCUCUGAGUGUGGGAAAUGUUUUACACGGAAAUCACAACUUGUUAUACAUCAGAGAAGUCACACAGAUGAGAAUCCAUUUACAUGCCCUGAAUGUGGGAAAUGUUUUGUACACAAAUCAGAUCUUAUUAGUCAUAACAGAAGUCACACAGGUGAGAAUCCAAUUACUUGCUCUGAGUGUGGGAAAUGUUUUACAUGGAAAUCACAACUUGUUAUACAUCAGAGAAGUCACACAGGUGAGAAGCCAUUUCCAUGUUCUGAGUGUGGGAAAUGUUUUGCAUACAAAUCAGAUCUUGUUAAACAUCAGAGAAGUCAUACAGGUGCAAAGCCAUUUCCAUGUUCUGAGUGCGGAAAAUGUUUUACACAGAAAUCACAUCUUGUUAGACAUCAGCAAAGUCACACAGGUGAGAAUCCAUUUCCAUGCUCUGAGUGUGGGAAAUGUUUUUCACACAAAUCACCUCUUGUUAUACAUCACAGAAGUCACACAGGUGAGAAGCCUUUUUCUUGCUCUGAGUGUGGGAAAUGUUUUACACGGAAAUCACAACUUGUUAUACAUCACAGAAGUCACACAGGUGAGAACCCAUUUCCAUGUUCUGAGUGUGGGAAAUGUUUUGCACAAAAAUCAGAUCUUGUUAAACAUCACAGAAGUCACACAGGUGAGAAGCCUUUUUCUUGCUCUGAGUGUGGGAAAUGUUUUACACGGAAAUCACAACUUGUUAUACAUCACAGAAGUCACACAGGUGAGAACCCAUUUCCAUAUUCUGAGUGUGGGAAAUGUUUUACACGGAAAUCACAACUUGUUACACAUCAGAGAAGUCACACAGGUGAGAAGCCAUUUUAAUCUUCUGGAGUAUACUUAUCAUUGCCAUGCGAUGUUCUUCAAGGUUCUUAUCCUAUCUCCUAUGCUUUUUGCAAUAAUACAUGCUACCACAGGGUGAAAUAAUCAGAUGUUAUGCCCUCAUCUACCACUGCUAUGCAGAUCUGUCUUUUGCUCCGGGUACUGAGAACCCAGUACCAAUCCUAGCUGAUCUCCAAGUGUGGGUGAUGCCAGUUGGCUGUGACUAGGUCCUGGUGAAACAGGUCCUUAUGAUAGAAGCUCACCAACAAAGGGCAGGGCUACAGCUCAACUUUGCGAACCAACCAGGCUUUGCGCUUGGGGGUUCAGAGUUACAAAAUGCUGAUAUGGGAGUCAUUCCAAUUUCGUUUGUUGACGAUUUUCGCUAUGCUGCAAUUAGUUGCAAAUUGCGCAUGCGGAAGGCACGCAGGGCGCAUGCGCUUAGUUAUUUAACACAGAACUUAGCAGUUUUGCUGUGACUUCUGCGGCGCUUUUCAGUCGCACUGGUGUUCGGUAAAUGAUUGAUAGGAAAAGGGCGUUUCUGGGCGGCAAGUCUGCGUUUUUCCGGCGCUUGCAAAAAAACGCAUACGUUUCAGGGAAAAACGCGGCCCGAACGCAGGGCGUGUUUGUGACGUCAAACCAGGAACUAAACAGACUGAGCUGAUCGCAAUUCCUGAGUAGGUCCACAGCUACUCAGAAACUGCAAAGAAUUAUUUAGUAGCAAUUCUGCUACUCUUUUGUUUGCAAUUCUGCUAAGCUAAGAUACACUCCCAGAGGGCGGCGGCCUAGCGUGUGCAAUGCUGCUAAAAGCAGCUAGCGAGCAAACAACUCGGAAUGAGGGCCCAUGUGCGGAAUCUUGAUGUCCUGGGUGGUGGAGUGACACUUAGACAUCAGGUAUCAGCUACAAUCAGUUCCUCAUGUGUGGACCAUAGCCAAACUCCAGCACUUAUUUCCCUCAGAAGAUCUACCUAGUCAUACAUGUACUUGUAUUAUCCCACUUUGGGGGUCAUUCCGACCUGAUCGCUCACUGCAGUUUGUCGCAGCGAUCGGGUCGGAACUGCGCCGGCGCAUGCCAGUCAUCGUUGCCUAGCGAUCGCCUCUGAGACAGAGGGAGGGGGCUGGACGGUGGCCAAAGCAGGUGUGGCUAGACCGUUGGGGGUGCGGGCCAUGGCGACAGUGAAGGACAACUCCCGGCCAGCCGCAGGAGCUGCACUGGUUGGGAGUUACUCCAGAAAUAUAAAAGCAUCGCCGCUGUGUGAUGCUUUUGUAUUUGGGGGGGAAGGCACUGACCUGCAGGGCGGACUAGCCCUGUGCUGGGUGUUUACCCCGCAUGUCAGGGAAGAUGAUUGUAGCUACGAUCAACUCAGAUAGCUCGUAGCUACGAUCAACUCGGAAUGACCCCCAUAGACUACUGCAAUGUCCUCUGCCUGGGUCUCCCAGCAGAAGAAUUGCACCACUUGUAGCAUGUACAGAAUGUAACAGCCAGUCUGUUACCUAACCAGCCCGUUCCUGCUACAUAACACCCAUUCUCUACUCCCUCUACCGGCUGCCUGUAAGAUGGUGACUCUGGGCCUAAUUCAGGUUGGAUCGCAGUGUGUGAUAGAACUGGAAUUAUUCAAAAAAAGUUGUGGGUGCAUCCACUGUGCCCAUCCUGUGCAUGCUCCCACCUUUUCCACUCCCACAGGCAGUUACGGGUGUGGGUGGGCAAUGCUCCAUUUCCAGGGAGGAGGCAGUGUGGCGCGAAUGGAGGGCAGAGGCGGACAAAUGUGCAUGAUCACGGUGGCUGUGUGACAUCACGUGCAGCUGCCAUGAUUGAGAAGAAUGCGGUGGGCCUCCUGCAGGUGUAGCUAAGCUGCAGCUGCAGGAGGCUUCACUAACUUCUACGAUGAAGCAGAAAUUGUGAGGCAGUCGCAUUUUCUGCUUCAUCAAGGAGGAGGCGGCGGUCAGCAUGCUGGGUGGCUUUGCGCUGCGAUGGGCGGCCCCCAGCAUGCUAGGAAAAGGAUUGCUAAUUCUGCUAAUAAGCAGCAUCUGCUAUCCUUACUGAAUUAGACCCUCUAUUAAAUAAUCUUACGGACUCUCCCAGCCUUGCAUGACCAUGGUACCAGAAGCAGCUUCUGCCUCCGUACUGCCCGGGUUUCUUCCAUCUGUUGAUGAAGGACUGUUAGCAGUACCAUAAAUUCCCAAGCAGUGCUUAGAUGUCGGGGAGACAGGGCGGGUGGCAGUAGUGCAGUAGCGGGGGCUGCUGGAGGCAGUGUCUAAAUGGGUAAUGUCCCCAAGCAGCGCUGAGGAGGGAGACAGGGCGGGUGGCAGUAGUGAGAGCUGCUGGAGGCAGUGUCUAUGUGGGUAAACAUCCGCAAGCAGGGCUGAGGUGUCAAAGCAGGGAGACAGGGCAGGGGGCAGUAGUGGGAGCUGCUGGAGGAAGUGUAUGUGGGUCCCUAUCUAAUUACAUCCUCUGUAGAGUAUUCAUAACAUCACAUAUCUUGUCUUUCUUUAGUCUCACACCCUCCUGAAACUUGGAUAACUUUGUGGGGUAUCAUCAUACAACCCAUUAAGAACCUAGCAAUCUGGUGGACCAUUAUGCAAUAGGUAGCAUCUAUCCUUGUGUAUCUAUGCCUAUUUCCCUAUAGAUUGUAAGCUUGCGAGCAGGGCCUUCCUACCUCUAUGUCUGUCUAUUUUUACCCACUUUUGUUCUAUUACUGUUGUUCUAAUUGUAAAGUGCAACGGAAUAUGCUGCGCUAUAUAAGAAACUGUUAAUAAAUAAAUAAAUGUUCCUAAGAAGGGCUGAGGUGUCAGAGUGGGGAGACAGGGCAGGUGGCAGUAAUAGGGGGAGACAGGGUGGGUGGCAGU